AGGCCAGUAUCUCGCCGAUGCUGGCAUGCGACGGACGUGCGGACCGCGAUCCGUGAUCACUUAGAAAUUACGCGCGCUCGCAAUGUGACUUACUUUCAUGAUGUGGUACAAAAAUGAGGACAACAUAAGUGAGGUGUGAUCGGGGAAUAUUUGCGCCUUAAAAAUGAAAGUCCCAAAUCGCAGCGACAAUGACGCUCCGCCGAUCUGACAGCUUACCCUCCCGACUCAGGGUUGUACCUGUCACUGUUGACCCUGAACCGCGCCCUCAGAAACGAGUCCCUGACUCCAGCACCGUCCCAAACUUCAGUGAUACGCUUGCCCGGGAAGAAGUUAUUGCCACUUGGAAGUCCCUUCAAUCGGACGUCAAAAACAUAAAAAAUGGUUUUACCGCGAAAGGGAAUCAGACGGACCGUCGAGCGGAUAAAGAAUCCAUUACGCCCAAUUUCAUUCCCACAUUCACAUGCCACAAAAGAGAUGCGCGGAGGAAAAUCACUUAUGAUAAUCGGCCAGUUGGGGUCACUUCGCGCGAAUGCGAUAAGGGCUCGUCAUUCCCUUUGGACACAGGGCAAGCGAGCGCCAUCGAGCGAGGAGCCAGCUCCAUACGUAGACGAACGUUGCUGCAACGGUUGUUGUCAUGGCGGACUCCAUCAUGCGACUGUCGCGAGAAAUAUGAACCAAAGUAUAGGCCCACGCCACGGCUCAGGGCGGAAGACUUGCUAUGCACGUGCGGUGCUAGUGCUAAUCGCAUCAAUCCUCCGGACAAGUGCAAUAAUUAUACAGAGCGAGGCCGCUCUAAAAGUGUAGGGUACGAGGCAGCACGGGAAGUAGCGCAAUUCCGGCGGUGCGCGAGUGCCGGUGCGACGGUGGGCGCUGAGACGGCUGCUGCAUUGCGCGCCCGCGCCGCGCUCACCCUCGCCCGACGCUAUUACCCCGAAGGUGGUUGGGGGUGGACCAUCACUGUCGUCGGUACUAUAGUACAAGUGCUAUCACACGGUCUACAACUGGGAGGCGGCACGGGGGCUAUAGCAUGUACCGCGGCCGUCAAAUAUCGUGUUUCACCAUUAUAUACGCACGGUUGCCUAGGAGCUCUGUCAGCUGGCGUAGCGCUAGCCCUGUCGCCUGUGACGGUGGCGCUGUGCGUGCGCAAGUCAACGCGCGUCACGGCCGUCGUCGGCGGGCUGGUAGCGGCCCUCGGCUGUCUCUUCACCUCCUUCGCUACACAAUUCCACCAACUAUUCUUCAGUUACGGAACGGUGGUAGGUGUGGGUGUCGGGUUGACAAGAGAUUGCUCGACUUUGAUGGUGGCGCAGUACUUCAAGCGAAGGCGAGAACUCGUCGAGAUAUUCAUUGUGAGCGGCAGCGGGCUUGGCAUCGCAGUCAUGUCAACGUUUAUCAAAGGUGCUAUCAGAGCAAUUGGCUGGCGUCUAGGAUUGCAGGCAGUAACUGGAGUAGUAUUUGUAACCUUCAUACUAGGCACGUUCUAUCGUUCUGCAUCUCUGUAUCAUCCACAACGCCGAGCGAUACUACAUCUUAAAAACCAAAACAAAAUCAAGCGGAAAAUGAAAGAUCGGAACAAAACAGAUGAUAGGCAACCCUUCUUCGAUUUCUCUACGUUGAAAUCGAAGACAGUCAGGAUAUUGCUAAUGUCGACCGGAAUAUCGGCUUUUGGGAUAAAUACGCCCAUAUUUUAUUUAGCUUAUCACGCUGAGGAGGAAGGUCUUGGUGAUACCGCGGAGUUGCUACAAGCAUAUCUGGGCCUGGCUUGGGCUGUAGGGUGUGCGGCUUUCGGCCUGCUAGUCCGACAAAACUCGGCCGAAUGUCGUAUCGCACGACAGUACCUCACGCAAGCUGCUGUGUUUGUGUGUGGCCUGGCCACCAUGGCUCUGACUGCAGUUGAGGGUUCUUAUAGAGGAUAUGUCAUGUUUGCUUGGAUUUAUGGGAUAUUCUGCGGUGGUUACCACUACUCUUUGAAAAUGUAUACGUACGAGCGUGUCAGGUCCAGGAAUUUUGCACGCACUUGGGGUUUCGUGCAAUGUUCUCAGGCUGUACCGAUAGCUAUUGGUGUACCCUUAUCAGGAUACAUAAACGUUGGCUGCGGUGGAAAGGCGGGAUAUUACUUUAGUUCAACCUGCUCGCUCAUCGGUUCACUCUCACUUUUCUGCAUAGAUUUACAUCGACGUAGCGUCACACAAAAACACACCAAAGAAAACGGGGGCACGGCAUCAUGCGAGCCAACCUGCGGACCGACGCGCCGGAGCCACAGCCGCGAGCGCGACGCUCGCACGGCUGUCGGCGCGGCCACCGCACUAGUUCUAGGGGCUGAACUGGUAGCUCCAGACAGAGCUGGUCGCGAUCUGCUGCUGGACAGCAUCGGGCCCGGCAGCCUCGGCUCUCCACCGCCGAACGUGCCGCCUGAACUUACCUGCAUCAGCGAGGAAGGUGGCCUAGAUCUCGAUUUAGAUCUCGACAUACCAGAGCAUCUCCUCGAGGAUCUAGAUUGUGGUGGUGAUUGUAUCACUAGUUGUAAUAAGGUGGAGAACUAUCUAAUGCUGAGUGAAUAUGAAAACAACCUAAUCGCCGAACUGCCAAACCUGAACGAACAUCGAAGCCGGCGAUGGUCAAUCGUAAUGGCCAACUCAUCGCCGCAACCAUCAACCGUUCAAGAGCAGCCCACCUCCCCAGAGAUUCACUCAAAAAACUCUAUCAAAUGGAAGAAAAAGUGCCAUAAUACCAACAAUAGACUGAUAACAGUGAUCAAUGAGGCAUCAUUAUAAACUUGUAGUGAAAUAACAAGGAGACAAUAAUUAAUAGUAAAUAAACUAGUGUAUGACCUAUUUAACCUCAUUAAUUUAUUUGAUGUGUGUGAAUAGCAUUUGUGUAAUUGUUCAACAUAAUUUAUUAAAUCAUUAUUAUAAAGUUGUUUUUGUUGAAUACCCUAAUUAUAUGAAAAAAAAAACAUGAUUUAAAAUGUAGUUAAAUAUAAUAUUAUUGACAUUUUGUAUGUUUACAAUAAAACUAAUAAAUACUGCA